AUGGACGACCACAUCACCGCAAGGCAAGAGGAGAACCAUCCCACAAAGCUGGCAUUCACUUCCAUCGCCGCGCCUGCUCCCGAUACCAGCGGCGAGUCAGCAUCAGCUCCCUCCGAUCUGCAAUAUUAUGGCCACGACACGAACGGACCUCCUGCCACCAAAAAAGAGGUUUUCUCAUAUUACGCUUACUACGCUGGCAACAAUGGAAUAGGAUCCUCGAAUCUCCUGUUCCAGAACUUGAUCUACCAGGCAGGCUUCAAUCCGAAUGUUCUGCCGCUGGGUAGCUCCAGCUGUGAUUUCGAUCCCGAUGCACCAUGCCAUGUCUUCUGGAAUGGGGGCACGAAACCCUACAGCUCGGUCGUCUUGAUCGCCUCGGGUCUGACUUUCCUGUCCCAGGCCUUGGUCUUCAUUGGAGUGGGAAGCUUGGCCGACUAUGGCAAUUGGAAUCCGUGGGUCGUUCGAACUUUCUCCGUGAUAUGCUGGGCAUUCGAAUUUGGGUUUCUCGGUGUUAGAAGGGCAGACCAAUGGAGAACGUCGAUGGCUCUCUACAUCUUGAGUGCCAUCACUUUCUGGGCCUCAUAUGUCUUCUUCAACGCCAUCUUUCCCAAGCUCUCUCAUGAUCUGCCCGAAGUCCGUACUGCCCAUGACGAAUUAUUGGAGGGCAAGAUCAGCGAAGAGGUGUAUGAACAUCGGUGUUCCAUGGCCCGCUCAAAGAUCAUGAACAUGAGUUAUGGCUGGAACAACGUCGGAUUCACAGCUUGUGGUGCGCUCUCACUAGCCGCACUGGCAGGAAUUGGGGCAAAUGACUCUACUGCUCAAAAUAACUGGGGCUAUUCGGUAUCCGUGGCUGUGUGCACCGGAUUCUGGAUGGUCCUCGCCAUCCCUUGGUUUCUGUGGGAAAAGAAACGUCCUGGCCCACCGUUACCAGCCGGCGACAACUAUCUGACCUUCGGCUUCAAGCAGACCUGGUUCGCAGCGAAACAGGUCUGGACUUUGAAACAGACUUUCUUCUACCUGAUUGCAUUCUUCCUGCUGGCAGACGGUAUCGGCACUAUUAUUACUCUUGUUGCGAUUGCACAGACUAAAGUGGUUGCCUUCUCUGCAACCCAAAACACUUAUCUGAUCAUGGUCCAGGGUGGAUCUUGUGUUGUUGGUGUUUUCGGCGCCUAUUACAUCCAACGACUCUUCAACUUACGAACCAAAACCAUGCUCCAGGCCUGUAAUAUUGGAUGCGUUCUCGUCGGUCUGUGGGGCAUGCUUGGAAUUUGGACGACCAAGAUCGGCUAUCACAAUCUGUGGGAAUUUUGGUUUUUCAACGCGCAGUACGGCUUCACCAUGGGCGCCCAAUUUUCAUAUGGACAGGCUUUCAUGGCGGAACUAGUGCCUCGUGGGAGAGAGUAUAUGUUCUUCAGCUUGCUAGGAAUUGUUUCCAAGGGCUCUGCUUGGAUCGGGCCCAUUGUUUCCAGCGCCAUCGUCGACGUGAACGGCAAUGCAUGGACCCCAUUCCCAUUCGUGGUUGCACUGGUUCUUGUCCCUACCAUUGGUAUCUUCUUCAUCAGCGAGUCCAAGAGUCGGGUCGAGUGCGCCGAGUACCUUGCACGGGAAGCUACCGGACUGCGGAAGUUGGACAUAAAUGCCGAGGGCAUAAAGAAAUGA